UGAUGUGUAUGAUGCUUACACGAACGGAUGAAGAUGGGGGUUGGGUCACGAAAUGCUGCCGCAUGUCUGCUGGCGCUCUGGCUCUCGCUCCUGCUGCACGUCGAUGGUCAUCGCGCUCUGGCCCCCUGGACAUUUUCCGGCUCGGGAACGGAGGCAACGGCAAGGGCGGCGGCGAGGGCGUCAAGUUCGGAGGCAAGGGCGAGAACUUCGGAGGCAAAGGCAAGUGCGCAGGUAACGUGUGCAAGUGGCCAAACUGGUAUCGUCACAGCUUGUAUGAUCAAGGUGGAGGGUUUCCAGGCGCUUCUCAAUCGAGUUCUGUGGCUGCAGGGAGUGCCCCGGCGCCCCCCGCAAGACCAACCCCAGAUCUCAGCACUGUCGAGGCUAAGCAUACCCCAGCUCUUUCAAGGCGGGGGAACAGGUUCGCGGAAAGUAUUGACAUCACGCAUCACAUGGAGGCCGCCAACAGCCUUGUCGAGAUCAAUGCGCAGCAGCAGCAGGUGCAGAAACACGACGUUGUUGCCAGAAAGCACGGGUAA